CCUCACUAGGUCAUCGCUCACUGCACGAAAAAAAUCUGGCACUAACAUCCAACUUUUAGGAUCUUCAGGCUCCAGAGUCCAGUCCAGAAUUAAUAGUUCCACGACUCCAGGAGAAAUUUCUACCGGAAGAUACCACUCCCAUACAAAGGUCUGAGCUAAGUACAGUUCAACCGCCAAAAUGAGUGACGCUCAGGCGAACGAGGCCGAGAAGAACAUUGAGAUCUGGAAGGUCAAGAAGCUGAUCAAGCGUCUUGAAGCCGCCAGAGGAAAUGGAACCUCAAUGAUUUCCCUCAUUAUCCCUCCCAAGGAUCAAGUCUCUCGAGCAGCCAAGAUGUUGGCUGAAGAAUAUGUACGCCCUCAGAUUCCUCUCGAAAUUCCCCUAUGACGACACUAACAACCCCUCAGGGCACCGCCUCCAACAUCAAAUCUCGAGUCAACAGACAGUCUGUCUUGUCCGCCAUUACCUCGACCCAGCAGCGCCUCAAGCUGUACAACAAGGUGCCCCCGAACGGUCUGGUCGUCUACUGUGGCGAAAUCUUGACCCAGGAAGGCAAGGAGCGAAAGGUCAACAUCGAUUUUGAGCCCUUCAAGCCCAUCAACACUUCCCUCUACCUGUGCGACAACAAGUUUCACACCGAGGCUCUGGCCGAGCUGCUCGAGUCCGACCAGAAGUUUGGCUUCAUCAUCAUGGAUGGUAACGGUGCUCUGUUUGGAACUCUUAGCGGCAACACACGUGAGGUUGUCCACAAGUUCUCUGUCGAUCUUCCCAAGAAGCACGGCCGUGGUGGCCAGUCCGCUCUCCGUUUCGCUCGUCUGCGAGAGGAGAAGCGUCACAACUACGUACGAAAGGUUGCCGAGUUGGCUGUCCAGAACUUCAUCACCGCCGACAAGGUCAACGUCGCUGGUCUCAUUCUUGCUGGUUCCGCCGAUUUCAAGAACGAUCUCAACGCCUCCGACAUGUUCGAUGGUCGUCUUGCGACCAAGGUUAUCAAGGUUGUUGAUGUUUCUUAUGGUGGUGAGAACGGGUUCAACCAGGCCAUCGAGCUGUCUUCCGAGACUCUCGGCAACGUCAAGUUCAUCCAGGAGAAGAAGCUCAUCGGAAAGUACUUUGAGGAGAUCAGCCAGGACACUGGCAAGGUUUGCUACGGCAUUGAGGACACCCUCAAGGCCCUCGAGCUCGGUGCCGUCGAGACAUUGAUUGUCUUCGAGAACCUUGAGAUCACCCGCUGGGUUCUCAAAGAUAGCAACGGCAGUGAGGUCAUUCUUCACACCACCAAGCAACAGGAGCAGACCAACCGUGACAAGUUCCUCGACAAGGAGACUGGCCAAGAGAUGGAAAUCGUUUCUCAGGAAUCCUUCCUGGAAUGGAUUGCGGAACACUACAAGGACUUUGGCACCACUCUUGAGUUUGUUUCUGACCGUUCCACCGAGGGCAACCAGUUCGUCAAGGGUUUCGGUGGUAUCGGCGGUCUUCUCCGCUACAAGGUCAACUUUGAGCAGCUGGCUGACUUGAGUGACGACGAUGAGUACUACGACGAUUGACCAGCGGAUCCCCUCGUUACCAGCGAGGGAUCGACUCAAGUUCACCCGUCCAUGUACAACAACAGUGCCAUGCGCCCCGAGGCGCAGAGGUCGACCGAUGCCGCGCCGAUGUCAAUCGCUCAGCACCGCUUGGCGGAGAGGGACAGUCUCGCGCCUCUCCAUUCUUCCCGCCAGGCAUCGCGACCCAGUCCGCUUCGCACAAUGAUGACGGCUUGAGUUAUGAUCGACGGGAAUAGAGGUACAUCUCAGACCCUCCAAUUCUUACAUCUCAGGAAAUCAGAAUGUCAGGUCUAACGGCUGGUAGGCCCAACCAUUAAAAUUGAAGGAUAGCGGUGGCACGGCGGCUAGGGGAUCGAUCUUGAGAGUCGAUACGGGUAACGCAUCGUAUCGCGACGUCCGGCCUAAAGAUUGUUGUUAAUUGAGUAGAGUCGGCGUUAGCUGGCUGCAAGGCUUAUCCCUGAUUGGGCAUAUAUAGUCAUGAGCAGGCAUUACACGCCGGGUCAACGAAAUACUAGUCGUUUGCAUGGCCACUGUUCCGAGUUUAAGUGAAGCAAUUUGAUGUACUUCGAAUCACCCAACUGAAAACAGAAGGCUAGGAGGUAAUGAGAAGAACCUCUCCAUCCGGGGCGGAUUAUCCAUAAGUCAGGGGAACUCACAUUAUGUAUACUUUAAUAUUUUAUGAAUCAAGGCUUACUAGCAUGGUACUGUAGGUAUGAUAUCGUAUUGUUAAUCGCCGCGUAUUUGAACGAUGUUAUUAACUCCA